AUGUCUCUCACUCCUGCCCAGUUCCUGUCUCGGUACGUUGAGAGUCAGACCUUUCGUCCUGGAGAAGACAAGUUCUUCGAGGGCGUACUUGAAGCUUUCAAGUUACACGUCGAUGCUGUUGAACAGGAAGCAGAGUACUUUCCUCCCGUAGACCUUGAACGUUUCCCCCGAGGACCUAUCUCCCGCCCACCUCCAUCGGAGAACACUAACAACGCUUGGGCCCACAAAUGCACCAUCACUGCCAAACCACCCAUCACUAAUGGCCCUCUCUCUGGACGCACCAUCGUCCUCAAAGAUAACAUCACGGUCAAAGACGUUCCUUGUCUCAUGGGCACUUCGAACUUUACCGAUUGGGUCCCAAAGACCGAUGCUACUAUCGUCACUCGUAUUCUCGAGGCUGGAGGGACGAUUGUUGGCAAGGCUGUUUGCGAGAAUUUUUCGUUGAGUGGUGUAUCGGAGACGGCGGCGACGGGUCCGGUGGAUAAUCCGUGGGCGAAAGGCUACAACGCCGGUGGGUCGAGUUCGGGAUGUGGGAGUUUAAUUGGAUGCGGGGAAGUGGAAAUGGGUAUGGGAGGUGAUCAGGGUGGGAGUAUCAGGCUACCUUCGGCGUGGUGUGGGAUUUAUGGAAUGAAGCCAACGAGAGGACUCGUUCCUUACACUGGGAUCGCAUCACUCGACGCCUCUGUUGAUCAUACAGGACCGAUGACGCGAACUGCGCUGGACAAUGCUCUGCUGCUGCAGGUUACCGCUGGCUCAGAUGGCAUCGAUGACCGUCAAGUGAACUGUCCUCCCACGUCCCUGCUGCCCGCCUAUCAUACCGCUCUUCUAUCCUUCCCAGCCAAAAUCACGCCUACCCACCCCAAACCUCUGGCUGGAAUGGUUUUAGGUGUCUUGAAAGAGGGGUUUGAAGUGGCUGGGAUAGAUCAGGCCAUGAUAUUAGCGAUCAAAAUCACGGCUGCAAGGUUCGAAGCACUGGGUGCACAAGUGUUAGACGUGAGCAUACCUGAACACAAGGUGCUGGGUCCGGCGGUGUGGCAUAUCAUCUCGCAUAUGGGAUGCGCCAAGGAGGUAUUUGAGGGUACCACAAACGGCAGAGUCGGGCUGCAGUUGACGGACCUGCAGGAGAAGAUGGUGGGGUGGGAUUCACCGGAGAGGUUCGCCGAGGGUUUCUAUCUUAACGGAAAAUACCUCUGGGAAUCCGAUCCUUCCAUCCUGGGCAAGGCCAUAAACCUCUCGCUCUCUGUCCGAGCCGCUUACAAUCGCGCCCUGUCCUCAUGCGACGCUCUUCUCCUCCCCACCGUACAAAGUGUUGCACGCAAGCUUCCGACAUUUAACCAUACACUUUCAGCUCCGGUCGUUGAGUCGGGUUGGAAGGCGUACUCGGUCAAUGGAAAUACGGCGGUCUUCGAUAUAACAGGUCAUCCGGCGCUGAGCAUGCCGAUUGGAUUUCUGCCAUCGUUGGAUGGGGAUGAGGACGUGCGGCUACCGGCGGCUGCUCAACUGGUGGGGAAGUGGUGGGAUGAGCUGACUCUGUAUAAGAUUGCCUAUGCAUUCGAAGAGAAUUACGAUUGGAAGAAGGUCGGCAUCACAGCUCAAUAG